AGUGACCGCAGACGGGUUACAAAGGACGCGGGGCACAGCAGCGCCCUCUAGUGGCAGUGACAGCGCUCAGUAUCCAAAGCGACCAGACAGACGCUUCCCGGAGCGGCCACGUUUGUGGAGACUGAUCCCGUGUCGCAAUAACAUGAAGACAGAAGCUGAACAGCUUUAAGGAUAACAUGGCGCAGAGACUGUUAUCCGGAUUCCACGCUCUAGAUAAAUAUUCGCAGGACGUCCUGGCCAAACACGCCAAGAAACGCCACCUGAGCUACCUGCAGAGGAUCCAGUCCCUGAACGUCCCCCUCUCCUUUGAUUUUGAGCCGGAGACGCGUCAGGGCAGCGCCGGGAAACGUUGGGAAAGAAAGAGGAAUUCACACUUGUCCUCCAGGAGUCCUAGCCACAAUGCGGGCGGCCAGUCAGGUACCCGGCCAUCUACUGCAGCCGGCUGCCGCGCUGUUCCAGAUUGUGAAGAGAAAGAGAGAGAACCUACGGAAGGCGUGAAGCCGAGGUGUGAGUCUGCGCGGCAGAGGAGGCCGUGGAGGAGCGAGGUGGAAUGUAUCCCAGGCCUUGAUACCCUAUGUCAGGAGGAACGUACCGGGCCCCUCUGUAGCGUACUGCGCACGCCAUGCAGCCAUAGCCGGAGCUCACUACUAUCUCCUAUAGAUCAGCUGGACCAUUCCAUGGGCACCGCAGUAAAUUCGCAUCAGCCGACAAGACAGGAUGAUAUAAGAGCUGAUGGGACCAUGACGUCCAAUAAAUCUAAACGUGGCAGCGACAUAACAGAUGAUAAAAAUCCCUCCAGAGAGAAGAUCCAGAAAGCGGCCGUUGUGUCUCUGACCAUUGAGGAAGAGAUGAAGAAAUCUGACGUUAGAGUAAUAACUGUUGCACAGAAGACAGAAGCAGAAGGCCCCGGGAGAGUAAGUGACACACAACCAACGAUGUACAACAACUACCACCACAAUAAGUUUGUCGUCUUUAACACACCAUCCGGCUUGCAUAGACCAGCAGGUAAUAAAAGGCAGCAAAGGGGAACAGGCUCAAUGCUGCCAAACAACACGGACUACAUCAGGCACGCAAUAAAAACUACUCCUCCCAUAUUACACACUGGAAGUCUUAAGAAGAACAAAGCCAAUAACGUUUUAUUGUCAGACAAUGCGAAAGUCAUUAUUCACUUCUUAUCAGCAGAUGGAACAAAGCAGAAGGUGGACUUUGCCACGGAGGGGAAAGUUCCUAAAGAGGAACAACUAAAAAAUCAGGGUAAUGGGAAAACUUCUUUGCAGGAACUACAACCAACAUUGAGAGCCGCUCUUACCGGUGAUACGAUGGAUGCGCCGCGUCACGUUGGGCUGAUCAUAAAUGGAAUGAAUCCUAAGACAGCAGCGGACCAUGAGCAAUCGACACAUUCAAGCUCACCCCCUGCGUCAAGGUCGUUUUGUCCAAGUAGCCCGAGAGCGCCAAGUUCACAGAGUCUGAGACUGAAUAGUGGGGGGGAAAUACAAAAAUGGAGCUAUAUAUCCAUCUCAAAGCCAUUAUCGUUGCCUGACAGCCAGCUGAGUUCUCUACAAAGUAAUAAUUCGGCUUUAAUAACCGGGGAUAUCAUGGAGGACAAGGUGAGGCCAACCUCUGGGGUGGUCCAUCGACGUUGUCCUGGACCUCUGAGUACAAAGCCUUUGGCACUGGAAAGCAGGAAAGGGAGGCAGGGGUCUGUGCCAGCUGAAAUAAGCUCACUAGGAGCAGAUUUCGGGGGCCAGACAACAAUGGGGUCUACUGGAGAAGAAACAGGAAAGGGAGGCGGGGAGAUUGUUGUAGCGUUAGAUGGCAUCAGAAGUCCAUCAGCGGUCACGGAACCGCCCAACACAAAAAGCCCCAAGAAUGGCUUCGGUGAACAAGAAAGGAAACUCUCUCCCACUUCUGCGCACCUCACUGCAAUCCCGGUUAUCAGUAUCCCGACGGCACCGAUAGACAUAUCAGAAUAGGCCCCAGUUUCACCUGGAUUGUCCAUAUCGGUGUCCGAUGUCAGCAAAUCAUACAUGUUAUGUUUUUUAAUCAGUUUGACACAAAACCAAGAGAUGUAAAAGUGUAAUAGGCUUUUAUAGUUGUAUCUUUGCAGUCAUUUGCAGUGUCGUGAUAACGAGUUGUAUAAUAAUCUACUUGUGUGUUUGUUUGUAUAUCUCCUAUAUAUUAGGCCAAAUCUGUGACUCUGUGGCUGGCCGUAACGCUGGGUGGAGUCACAGUGGUGGGCGGAGUCACAGAGCCCGUCACAUGUGCAGCGUGAUAGGUGCUGCUGCCUGUCCAUCUCCCCCCUCCGCCAUCAGCAGCUCCGACUCCUCGGCCGCAGCGCCGGGGGAACAAAAGCUGCUGCCACAGGCAUAGACAUUAGGAGGGACGGGUGGCACAGGAGAAGGCUUUCAUAGCCCUCCCUGCGCCGUGUACACACACCCGCCGCCUCCUCCACACACAUCCAGCUGUCAGCUCUCCUGCUGUGACAGGAGCCGGGUGCUGCAGUGACGUCAUCUCCUGCAGCACUCGCCUCCUGUCACAGAGAAGAGCCGGCACACACACUCUCCAGUCUCCAGGGGCUGCCAGCAUCUACAGGCAAGCUGGAAACACCCCCGGAGCGAGAGAGACAAUACCCGUGAGGCCACGCCCCUUUUACAUUAGCCCCCCCCCCCCACCUUUCGGGCACCUCGCUCCACGAGCAGGAUGGGGGGGGGGGGGUGGAUGUGUGUAAUAGGAGCACAGACUGCCUCUGGACACUGUACUGUUUACCAGCCUGCAGCAGCCGCCCACAGCCCCACCGGCGAGUCCCUCCAACCAUCCUGCCCACUGUAUCUAUGUCUGGUCACCACUUUACACAUGUCUCCACUUCUGGUGUACACCCCCUCCACUACUUCCCCCCCCUCUCUUCAUCAGCUUCCUCACUGGGGACCCUCCCUACCCCCCGCGUCUCUCUAACCCCUCCCUACCGCCCCGCAUCACUCAGUCCCAUCCCUACCGCCCCGAGUCUCUCCCCACCCUACCGCCCCACGUCUCUCUGUC